UGGGGGCUAAAUUCCACUAGGUUCCCAGAGAUGUGGCAGUGUUUCUAAGGUUGAGUCAUGGCAGUUGCUCAGAAUCUGACCCUACAGCAUUCACCUAGCUGCCCUUAUCUAUCUUACCUGGGGAAUCCUAAAUCAGAGGCCCUUUUCUGGAGGUUAAGGCAAGUGUGACAUAGUGGAUAUUUCCCCAUGUCUUUGGAGUAGUUUAACCUUCAUCCUGUGCUUGAAGGGAAGUUCUCCUUUAAGCGUAGCUCCUCCCUCUAGUUCAGCCUUCAUCCUGAAGGGAAAUUCUCCUUUAAGCAUAGCUCCUCCCUCUCUGCUCCUGAUUGGUCUUGUCAGGCAUCAAUCCUUGUAGCAUGAGUGUUUAUUGAGACACCUGCCCUGUGCAUGCCACCAGUGUGGCUCCCUUCUGGGCAACUGUCAGGCAGCCUCUCUCUGCUGAUCACCUAGGAGAAUGGCAGACCCUAUGAGACUGGGCGCUCUGCUGCUCCUGGUCGGCACUGCGCUUUGUGCACCUCUGGGUUCCGCCGUUGGGACCCACAGUCUUCACUAUAACCUCACAGUGAGGUCCCAAGGUGGAUCAGUGCAAUCAAGGUCCUGUGCCAAGGGUUAUUGGGACCAUCAGCUCUUCCGUCAUUUUGAUAGUGACAAAAAAGAAAGUGUAAAGCCCCAGGGGCCAUGGGCAGAAAAACCUUUGGGAACUGAAAAUUGGGACACAGAGAUCCAAGAGUUGGCAGAGCACCGCAAGAAUCUAAAAGCAACCCUGGCAGAUAUCAAUGCCUGGCAAGAGCAGAAAGGAGGGUCUCAUUUCCUCCAGGAGACUUGGGGAUGCAAGAUUCACAAGGACAACCGCACCAGGGCCUUCUGGAAUUUCUACUAUGAUGGGGAGCCCUUCCUCUCCUAUCAUCCAGAGAGACGCAGCUGGACAGUGGAGCCAUCCUCAGCUCAGAACUUGGCUAUGGAAGUCAAGAAUUCCUGGGAUGCAGAUGGCAUGCAAAGCAAAGAUUACUGGGCCCAUGAGCAGGGAGAGCUUUGUGGAAGACUCAGGAGAUAUCUAGUCUUCUGGAAGGGCUCUUCCUACUCCCCUGGAGCCUCUGCCCAGAGGACCUUGUUGUCCCCAGUAGUGAAUGUGACCUGUGCUGAGGCCCUGGAGGAUACCAUCAAUGUGACAUGUUGGGCUUUUGGCUUCUAUCCCCAGAAUAUCUCUGUGACCUGGCUUCAGGAUGGGGAACCCCUGAGCCAGGGCACCCAGCAGUCUGGUGGUAUCUUUUCCUAUGAGAAUGGGACCUACCAGACCUGGGUGCCUACCAGGAUUCCCAAGGACAGGAGCAGGGGUUCCGUUGCCAUGUGGGACACAGUGGGAACAACAGCACUGGCCUUGUGUCCUGUGGGGAGCCUGGGGGUCCCAGCAGGGUUUCCCAACCAGGGACUGCACUGAUGCUUCCAAGCCAAUGGGCUGCCUUCCUGGGUGUGGCUGCUGCUGUUGGUGUUCUGAUUAUGAUUAUUGUUUGUGUCUGCUCCUGCAAGAAAAGGAAGACAAAAUCUACUACAGAAGGUUCAGAUCCUUCUACAGGAGUGCACCCUGUGAGAGACCUGGAUUGUGACCACAAUAAUGCAAAGGAACAGAAGAUGGGCCUACAGUUCACACUGCAGAAUCUCAGCAAAACCCUAGUUUUCUUUGGGAAGAAGACCUCUGAGGACUGUGAAGAUUGUGGCCUGCAGAAGUCCCUGCUAGGAAUGGAGGAAGGGAGUCCAGGGAAGCCUCAGGAAAAUGAAACCCUUGGGGAAGAGCUGGGUUCCCAGCCAUAGGUAAACCACGCAGAGCCCCUGAGCCUAUAUGACCCAGAUCAGCAGCAGAGGACACCAAGUGACUAUACUGGAUCCACACAGCUGGGGUGUGAACCCUUGAUGAGAGCUCCUGGGGCUUUGGGGGUAGCUUACACUGGGCAGCCCUGCUGUGACAAGCACUUUUUUGUCUUGGUGCCUUGGUUUCCUCAUCUCUACAAUGUGAAAACGUAUGUUUGCUAACUUAUGCACCUGUUCUGUACUAGUAUCCUUAUUAUUUUACUGUAUUUUAGCAUAUUACAUAUAAUAAUUGUAUUUUAAUAAAUGAGAUUAUUUGUAA